AAGCAAAUCAACAAACAAACAAGCUCAUAAAUACCCAGUGCGAGUAUCUAUAGGAAAUACAUAUAAAAACAAAACAAAAAAAUACAGACACUCACACUCGCACACAUUUACCCCUGUGCUAUUUUUAUUAUCGGGCUUCUUGUAAUGUGAAAACGCUCUUUCAACAUAACCAAAACGGACCAGUUAUAAUGCUAGGGACGCCGCAGGCGUCUCUUUUCGAGUAUUACGAGUAUUAUUUUGAUCUAAGCAACCAUUGAAAACAGCUAAAAUGCAAUACACGCUAAUUUAGGAAAGAAUGCUACCCAGCCUGGACACCCUUAUGCGUUGCUCGAAGCGUGUGCUGCAGUCGCCGAUGGAGGCGGUCAAGAUGCACAGCACCGGCCAUAGCAAGGCGCCCGGCGGCGGCAUCUAUGGCCCAUUUACGCCGGCCAACGAUCUGAGCUGUUCCGGUCGCGGCGAUUGCGUCAAUAACACAUGCGUCUGUGACAUUCGUUAUGCGGGCGACGAAUGCGACUUCUUUAAUUUGCCCUACUAUGCGGGAAUCUCCACUGUCUUCUAUGUGGUGGCCCUUGUCUCGGUCAUCCAGCUGCUCAUUUGCAUUGUGGCCGAGUAUCAGCGGCUCAAACAGCCAUCGAUUCUGCGCGCCUGCCGCAUCACCACACAAAAGCUACUCUACUUUAUGGUAUUUGUGGCAUCCUCGCUGCGCGGCGCCUACUUCACCACACCUCUGGAUCUGCAGCCACAGUGGGCCGUCACAUUGAUGUCCGCCUACUAUCCGCUGCUCAUGACCUGCGCCUCCCUGAUCGUCUGCAUGUGGGCCGAGAUAUUUCACCUGCGCGACAUACGCUGGGAGAGAUCGCAGUUCCUGUCGAAGAGCUUCCUGGGCUUUGUCGCUUUCAACUUCUUCCUGUACAGCCUGUUUGGCAUUGAGGUCUUCAGUUCGCUGAUAAACUCGGAGCGUCGUGAUUAUGCGCACAUCUUCAAUGGCUGCUAUGCUGUGCUCCUGCUGAUUGUCGUUAUCUUCUUUCUGAUUUAUGGCGUCGAGGUGUUCUUCAAGCUGCGUGGCGGUUUUGUGUACGAUCAGACGGGCAAAAUACUUGGACCCAGCGAGGCAAUUGUGAAUGCCUCGCAACUGCAUCAGUCGCGCUUCGGAUUGCUCAGCCAGGGCAUAAUGCUAAUUGUGAUUGUCGGCUUCCUCACCUCCGAAACGCUUGGCGACUUCUGGAAGGCCAAAGUGCCUGUCAAUUCGCGCAACUGGUAUGACAUAAUCUUUCGUAUUGCCGAAAUAGGCGUCGCCUUGUGGUUUCCGUGCUGUCUGUGGAACUGUAUGGCACCAGAACAGCUUUGGAUACUGAAUCCACGCAAGCUGCUGUCCCGUCAAAUCGAUCCAUCGAUACCGACCCUCAAUGCGGACAGCAAUAAAUUAUCGCCCGAGGAGGGCCAGACGUUCUUGACCAAAAAGGAUUGCUGGAUAUGCUAUGACAGCGAUAAGCCCGAGCCGCUCAUCCAGCCCUGUCGAUGCACUGGCGACGUCAGCUCUGUGCAUCACGAGUGCCUUAAACGCUGGUUAGUCGAGAGCUGCGGCAGCAACAACGAGGCUCAGCUGGCGUGCAAGGUUUGCUCGCAUCCAUACGAAAUUGAGAAAUCCAAAAAACUCGAGUGGGACAAGGGCUUUACCAUUCAGCAUUGGAUGAAGACCGUCAUAUUGAUAACGCUGAUGUGUGUGACCGGUGCCACAGCCUGGGCCAUUAUACAAAUGUACGUGGAUCCAUUGGUGCGCGUCCUAACCGUUGGCGUUGCUGUCCUAAUUGGCUACGUGUGCGUCAAAUGUCUGGGCGAGAAUACUGUGGUGGCGUAUCAGCGUGCCAAAGUCAGCUCCAUUAAUAUUGUGACCAGCUCCGAAAUGGAGAAACUGCAUACCAUAUGCGAGGAUGUCAGUGCUAGCACCUCCGCGGCAGCAGCAGUGCAGGCCGCCUCCUAAAACCAUAAGCAGUUGUAGUCUAUGCCAUACGGAAACAUCACACCCAUUUACAGUUGCAUACAAAUGCGUAGGAUAUAUGCAGACAGACGACAGACACUAUACAUACGAUUUAGUUUAGAUUAGCGCCCGUUUAGCACAUAUAUUUUGCUCAAUCCCCCCCCAAAAUUCUUCCCCGCAAACUGUGUACAUAGGUUUUAAGUCAUUUAGUGUUUAGGAAAAACGGUUCGGAAAAAACGAGUCAAUUUUGUCUCUCAAAGUAGCACGCAUUAUUCCAAGCGGUACAUGUAUUAAAACGAAAACGGAUAUAAAAAAAAAACAACAAGCCAAAUAUUAUAUAAUCUAUGUACCACAUACAUAA